AUGGUGUUUGGUGAAAAGUGGAGGGGUUGGAUUAAAAGAUGUGGGGAAUAUACAAGAUUUUCUAUUCUUGUUAAUGUCAGUACUACUGUUUAUUUCAAGAGUGAAAAAGGCAUUAGACAAGGUGAUCUUAUUUCACCCUUCUUGUUUCUUUUAGUUGGUGAGGCUUUAAAUUUCAUGAUUUAUGGUGUGGGUUAUGAUAGUGAUAUGUCUACUUUCUCUUCCAUUUUGGGUUGUUAUCAUGGUCUUCUUUCUAUAUCUUAUCUAGGUAUUCCUCUGGGAGAUAAAUGUGGUGGAAUUGCUAAAUGGAACAAAGUUAUUGAAAGAAAUCUAUUUUCAUUAGUAAUAGCAAAUACUUCAUUAGUAAUAGCAAAUACUAGCCGAUCUCUCAUUAGUAAUAGCACCUUGGAUAUGUUUCUCAUUUCAUGGAUACUUCAGACAGAGUCUGAUGGCGGGCUUCAAGAGUAUUCAGAUUCCCACAGCGAACAGCAGUCAGAUUCCCACAGCGAACAAUCAGUUUCAAGUGAAGAUAACGUGGAUGCAAAUAAAGGAAAGCGGGGUAAGACAAGAUUACCAAAGCUUUUAAGGGAUACUAAUGGUGAAAGGCGGACUGUUACUUAUGAUGAAGCCAACCAAGCAACCGGUAAAAAUGGUUGCUUGCUCUCAAGUUACAUAGGCAGCGAAGUUGGUCCAAGUCUUGGACUGAAGUAUACCUGUUGGAAAGAAGUUCCACCUGUAGUGAAGAAAAAGUUAUGGGAGGACGUAACGUUUAAGUUUGAUCUCGACGAAUCAAAGAGGAAAGAUGUAUUGAGACAAUUUUCUGACUUGUGGCGAGGAUGGAGGAAACGAACUGCUGCAAAGCAUGUUACCCCAUUCGAAAAAAGCCGAAAAAAGCUUAAGAAUGUUCCUUCAGAUUUAAGAGGUUUUGUAGAACAAGAAGAAUGGAAAGAGUUUGUAAAACGGAGAUUGAGCGACAAAGGCAAGGAGUUGUCUGAAAUUGGCAAAACGGUACAAGCUCACCACAAAUAUCCGCAUAGGAUGGGACGAAGGACCUAUGCUGGAUUAAAGGACAAACUGAAAAGAGAAGGAAAGUGGACAAGUGAUUCACCCCCUCCACGAGAAUUAUUAUGGAUACUUGCACGCCAAAAUGAAAAUGGGGAGUAUAAGACUGAUGAGAUUGGUGAAGUUGCUGCUCAAAUUGAUGACUGCUCGAAAAAGAUCAAAGAGGGUACAAUUGUCUGUGAAGGUAAGACAGAUGCCCUUGUAAAGAUUUUGGGUGAAGAACAUGGUGGAAGAGUAAGGGCUGCAGGUACAAGAGUGACCCAUAGUCAGUAUUUUGACACUCCUCGACACGUGGAUCAUCAAAUAAAGAUAAUCUGA